AUGAAGCUCGAGGCAUUAUCCCAAGCUCUGUGCUUGCUCCCUGCCCUUCUUCCUCUUAUCGAGGCUGCGCCCACUCGCAGGGACAGCAAUCCUCCACUGAGAGGAAGUGAGGCUUUGGUUGGAUACUCGUCUACUGAAAAUAUUGCCACCGGGUCGAAGCCAGACGUCAAAUACAGCUUAUUGCCAGGGCAGAAAGAAACCCCCGACAUUGGGGCUUACCUCGACUUUGAGAAAGUCGACAACCCUCAGCCAAUCCGAGGCUCCACUGGUGGUGACGAUCCAGGUCCUCGAAACUAUUACUAUGACCGAAUUAACAGUGACAAGCUCGCCCCUCCCGGCACUGAUAAUGGGCAGACUAUCAAUGCACAGUGGCCUUUUGGAUUGAGUCAUAAUAGACUUGGAAUUGACAGUGCUGGCUGGGCUCGCCAGGAAAAUACCGUUGUGAUGCCAGAUGCCACCCAGAUGGCUGGUGUUGACAUGCGACUUGAGCCUGCUGCGUACCGCGAACUUCACUGGCACGUUGCGGCUGAAUGGUCUCUUGUCUUGAACGGAUCAUGCAGAAUUCAGGCUGUGAAUGAGAACGGCGAAACUUUUGUUGAUGAUGUUUCAGCGGGAGACGUUUGGUUCUUUCCACCUGGUAUCCCCCAUUCUAUUCAAGCAUUGGAUGAGGGUGUUGAGUUCCUUUUAGUCUUCGACCAGGGUGAUUUCAACGAGGACAACACUUUCCUCGCCACGGAGGUCUUCCUCCACACUCCGAAAGAAGUCCUAGCCAAGGAUCUAGGAACCACUGUGGCAGCAUUUGACGAUAUCCCCGAUGACGAGCUCUAUAUAUUUGCCGGCACAGCCGCCCCAAAGGAUAUCGAGAAGCAGAACGUGACUACAGCUUCGGGAGUCAUCCCCCGCACGGAGAGCUACUCCUAUCAUUUCUCUGAGCAGGACGCGCACGAAGUCGCCGGUGGAUCCGUCAAGAUUGUCGACCCGCUGACAUUCCCUGUUGCCAACAACUUCUCUGCAGCCAUCGUCACCGUGCACCCCGGUGGGAUGCGUGAGAUUCACUGGCACCCUACUAGUGACGAGUGGACUUUCUUCAUCCAGGGACAGGGCCGUGCAACUUUGUUCACUGCUCCAAAUGCUGCGACUACCUUCGACUACCGUGCUGGCGACAUUGCUUAUUUCCCCCAGUCUAAUAGCCACUACAUUGAGAACACCGGUGAUGAGGAUUUGAUGUUUGUCGAAGUACUCCAGGCCAGCCAGUUUACUGACAUGGCCCUCGGACAAUGGAUCGCGUCUACGCCUCGCCAGAUCGUGAAGGACACAUUGAAGCUGAGUGAUAGUACCCUCGCUUCCCUCAAAACGGAGAAGCAAUAUGUUGUCGCCGGUUCCAAUACUACCGCCUAG